AUGCAGUGGACCACGCUCCUUACUCUGGCGCUCGCUGCACCUAGCAGUGCAGUGGUUCGAUUCCAUUGCUCCCAGCUAGUAGUUGAGAGACUUGACCCCUUGGUUAACCCGGGUUCAAGCCCAUCCAGCCAUGUCCAUCAAAUAGUUGGCGGUGACUCCUUUAAUGCUACCAUGGAUCCCAAAAAAGAUAUGCCAGGCGAAUCGACUUGCACGAGUUGCCAAUUUAGUGAGGACUUCUCCAACUACUGGACCGCGGUCCUCUAUUUCCGCGCACAGAACGGGAGCUACAAGCGCGUUCCUCAACUCGGAAACAAUCAGUUUACAGAUGCCAUUGGCGGUUUGACUGUCUACUAUAUGCAGGAUCCUAUUUAUGAUUCGGGACAAAAGUCCAAGGUCACGGCAUUCCAGCCCGGAUUUCGCAUGUUUAUUGGGGAUAUUUAUGCAAGAACCUUAGCAGAAGCUGCCCGCUUCCGCCAAUUAACUUACACCUGCUUAGACACCUUUGUUACUCGGGCUCCGGAGAUCAUGGCAUUUCCUAACCGCCCUUGCAAGGAGGGUAUUAUGACCUCUAUCCGGUUUCCAACGUGUUGGGACGGCAAGAACCUUGAUAGCCCCGAUCAUAUGUCACAUAUGAGCUAUCCUGAGACCGGAACCUUUGAGAGUGCUGGACCUUGCCCAUCAACGCAUCCCGUACGUACUUCGCAAGUCAUGUUCGAGGUCGUCUGGGACACAAAGCCGUUCAACGACCUUGAGUGGCCUAAGGAUGGAAGCAAUCCCUUCGUCUGGUCGUUCGGUGAUGCAACUGGCUAUGCCAAUCAUGCCGAUUACGUUUUUGGCUGGAAGGACGACGCCUUGCAGAGAAUAUUGGACACUCCUUGCUAUUUUAACUGCACUGAGGCUGGUUCUAAGAUGCAAUCGGUCGCAAGUAUGAACAAUUGCACACAAAAGCGAAGAGUUGACGAGGAUAUUGAUAGCUGGCUCCAAGUUCUCCCCGGCGGGUACCAAGCUGAAUACGGUCCCACCUCUGCGUAA